UGAACUGCUACCUUGUAGAACCAAACGUUAUUUCCAUGGUCCUUCAUAUUUACAGCCUGUUCAGGACUGCGGCACAUGCUUCAACACAAGUUUGACACCUGCCGUGGGUAGCAAACCAGAACGUGAUGGCAUAAUAUCCAAAUGCAUCCAGACGAAGAUGUUUCUUUCAGAGAACAUAAGAAGGCAGUUUGAAGUUUUUUGACCCCCCUUUUCAGGGGAGAGAAACCUGUGACACCAGUGUUUGAAGACCAUGACAUCCAAUAUUUUGUUCUUUCUCUGCCUGGUGCUGGUGUCUUGUGGUUCGACUGCAGUCAUCACUGGGGCAUGUGAGAAGGACUCCCAGUGUGGAGGUGGUAUGUGUUGUGCAGUCAGCCUGUGGAUCCGGAGCCUGCGAAUGUGCAUCCCAAUGGGUCAGGAGGGAGAAGACUGCCAUCCAAUGAGCCACAAGGUGCCAUUCUUUGGCAAGAGACUCCAUCAUACAUGCCCUUGUCUGCCCAACUUAGCCUGCAUCACCAUAGCUGACGGCAAGUCCAAAUGUCUCCCGCCAUUUCCAUUCCAGGAUCAGUACCUCUGAUGAAGAUGCUUGCCUGAGUACCAUGCAAAUGUUUGUAUAAAGUGUAUAGAUGUAAAAGUGUUUUCUUGAUUGAUUCUAGAUUUAUUUUAUUGAAUUUAUUUAAUCUUUAUGGAAAAUAGAAAAUAAAUGAUAGAAAAUAAGUAAAUUAUGGCAAUCAGGUCCUGCA